AUCCAGCUAUGAUCCGAGGGAGAUCCAAACACCCAAACGUCCAUUUUUCUUCAGUUUUGCCGUGUCGUAUACUCGUAGUAUACAUUAUCUUCAUGUGGUCAAGCGAAAAUAUGGUAUGCCUAGUUGCACAUCCAGUUGGAAGCUGGGAACCAAGAGCAUCUCAUGAGCACGGUUCCCAAUCGCAAACAAGAGCCGCGAAGAGCCGAGCUUCCACCGAGUCUUGUGCUUGCAAUUGCAACGGUGCAAGCGCCGGCCGCGCGCGCCCGGAUUGCUGGUCGCAUUCAGCGUCUGAUCGGCAGCCGGCAGGCAACAGCUAGCUCUCCCGGAGCGCGAACGUCGAGUCGUUGACUAAAAGGCGAUCACGCAAGGCAUAAGGCCAUGUCGUGAGAGGAGAGGUCAACGGCUCGUUUUCGGCGCGCGCCCAGUUCGGUCGAGGUGAUCGGACCAUGACGGCGCGCACGCUCUCCCUCCUCCUCUUGCUCGCCGCCGCCGCCAGUUCCUUCACCCCGUCGACAUCCACCGAUACCAUUUACCGGAACACGUCGCUCACCGGCAACCAGACGCUCGUCUCGGCCGGCGGCAUCUACGAGCUGGGCUUCUUCAGCCCGGCCGGCGCCAACGGCAGGACGUACCUCGGAAUCUGGUACGCCAGCAUCCCGGGCGCGACGACCGUCGUGUGGGUCGCCAACCGCAGGGACCCGGUGACCAACUCCCCGGCCGCUCUCCAGCUCUCCGCCGGCGGCCGCCUCGUCAUCCUUGACGGCAACAACGACACCGUGUGGUCCUCCCCGGCGCCCACCGUCGGGAACGUCACGGCGCGCGCCGCCGCGCAGCUCCUGGACACCGGCAACUUCGUCCUCAGCGGCGACGGCAGCGGCUCCGGGCCGAGCGUGGCGUGGCAGAGCUUCGACUACCCGACGGACACGCUGCUCCCGGGUAUGAAGCUCGGGGUGGACACCAGGGCCAGCAUCACCCGGAACAUCACGGCGUGGCGCAGCGCGUCCGACCCGUCGCCGGGCGACGUCACGUUCAAGCUCGUCAUCGGCGGCCUGCCGCAGUUCUUCCUCCUCCGGGGCAGCACGAGGGUGUACACGAGCGGACCGUGGAACGGCGACAUACUCACCGGCGUGCCGUACCUCAAGGCGCAGGCCUUCACCUUCGAGGUGGUGUACAGCGCCGACGAGACGUACUACAGCUACUUCAUCCGCGAGCCGUCUCUGCUGUCGCGGCUCGUCGUGGACGGCGCGGCGACGCAGCUGAAGCGCUUCUCGCUCAACAACGGCGCGUGGAACAGCUUCUGGUACUACCCGACCGACCAGUGCGACUACUACGCCAAGUGCGGGCCGUUCGGGUACUGCGACACCGACCGCUCCCCGCCGUGCAGCUGCCUGCCGGGGUUCGUGCCGCGCUCGCCGGACCAGUGGAACCAGAAGGAGUGGUCCGGCGGCUGUGUCAGGAGCACGAACCUGACCUGCGACGGCGGCGGCGGCGACGGGUUCUGGGUGGUGAACCGGAUGAAGCUGCCGCAGGCCACGGACGCGACGGUGUACGCCGGCAUGACGCUGGACCAGUGCAGGCAGGCGUGCCUCGGCAACUGCAGUUGCGGGGCGUACGCCGCCGCGAACAACAGCGGCGGGAUCGGCGUCGGGUGCGUCAUCUGGACCGUCGACCUGCUGGACAUGCGGCAGUACCCGAUCGUCGUGCAGGACGUGUACAUACGGCUCGCGCAGUCGGACAUUGACGCCCUCAAGGCUGCAGCAGCAGAUAACCAUCAGCGUUCACACAAGAGCAAGCUGAUCAUCAUCGUCGUCGCGACGAUUUCCGGUGUGCUUUUUCUGCUAGCAGCGGCUGGCUGCUGCUGUUUGUGGAUGAAGAAUAAGGUGAGCAAGAAAGGUGAAGGUGAGGACAUGGCGUCGUCCAUGCCUCCGAGUACUGCAGAGUUCGCGCUUCCGUACAGGAUCAGGAGCCAGCCUUCGUUGAGCCCAGUACGGGAUCACAAACAGCUUCUUGAUGUCUCGGACGAAACGAGAUACUCCGGCAAUGAUGUUGACCUUCCGUUGUUUGAGCUGGAGGUCAUUCUGGCCGCCACGGACAACUUCGCGGACCACAAAAGGAUUGGUGCAGGUGGAUUUGGCCCUGUUUAUAUGGGAGUUCUUGAGGAUGGGCAGCAAAUAGCUGUGAAGAGGCUGAGCCAGGGAUCAACUCAGGGGGUGAGGGAGUUCAUGAACGAGGUGAAACUGAUUGCAAAGUUGCAGCACAGAAACCUUGUUAGGCUCUUCGGCUGUUGCAUCGAAAACGAUGAGAGGAUGCUUGUGUACGAGUACAUGCACAACCAGAGCUUGGACACAUUUAUAUUUGACGAAGCAAAGCGCAGGCUGCUGAGAUGGCAGAAACGGUUCGAGAUCAUUCAGGGGAUUGCACGGGGUCUACAGUAUCUGCACGAGGACUCAAGGUUCAGGAUCAUCCACAGGGACCUGAAGGCUAGCAACGUGUUGCUGGACAGAAACAUGGUCCCCAAGAUCUCUGAUUUUGGCAUCGCAAGAAUGUUUGGAGGUGACCAGACCAGUGCAUACACCCGAAAGGUCGUCGGAACAUAUGGCUACAUGGCUCCAGAAUACGCCAUGGACGGCCAGAUCUCGAUAAAAUCCGACGUCUUCAGCUUCGGCGUGCUGGUGCUGGAGAUCAUCGCCGGCAGGAGGAACCGAGGCUCCUACGAACCCGACCUCGAUGUCAAUCUCCUAGGAUAUGCAUGGAUGCUGUGGAGAGAAGGGCGGAGCAUGGAGUUACUGCUGGACGAGGCGUUGGGCGGCAGCUUCCACCACAGCAGGGUGCUGCGGUGCAUCCAGGUGGCGCUGCUGUGCGUCGAAGCGCAGCCGAGGAACCGGCCGCUCAUGUCGUCGGUGGUCACCAUGCUGGCCAGCGACAACGCCGUGCUCCCCGAGCCCAACGAGCCCGGGGUGAACCCAGGGAUGAGCACGUCGUCGGACACGGAGUCGUCUCGGACACGGAGCGCGACCGCCAACUACGUGACGGUCACCAGAUUAGAGGCGAGGUCCACGUCCACUGGCCACUCUUCCCUGUAAAGUUCGCACAGUUUGUAAAGAUUACAUACAUAUUGAUUUGAGAAGCUCCAGCAUUCAA